GUGAGGAUAAUUAACAUUCAAUGGUAACUAUCACCAUUAUGACAUCACUACCAUACAUAACAACUGGAUUUAAAAAUCAAAAUAAAUAAUUUUCCAAAAUGAAGGCUGAAAUUAAAAAGAAGGAAAUUUCUCCUGAUUUAGAAAAAAACAUUUUAAAGUUAUCGAAGUCGGCCGCAAAGAAUUGCAAGACCGACAAAGAAAAAGCAGAAUUUUUGAAGAUAGAGUUAGAUGAGGUGAACGGGGGACCCUGGAAUGUUAUUGUGGGAAAAAAGUUUGGGGGGGUAGUAACGUAUAUACCAGAUCAUUUCAUUUACUUCUCCAUCAAAGGAACUGACCAUUUAAUUUAUUCAACGCGCAACAUGAAGGGAAAACAAUAAUAAACUAAAACUUACAUUAA